AUGCAUAAAUUCUGUGUUAUGAGAGCAAGAGUCAAAGAGAGGCAAAGGCAGAACACCAUCGUGGCCUGCCUUCUUGCUCUUGCCAUCAGCAUGCCACUGUCUGAUGCUGCUUGUUUCAUCAUACCAUUCAAGCCAGGGAUGUCUAAUGGUGUGGUUGUAGGCUGCCUUGACGAGGAAGGAAAGGUCCAUGAAUUUGGUUCUAGCUGGAAGACUGAGGACUGCAAUAAUUGCUACUGUUCUGCUACUGGAAUUGACUGCUGCAAUAGCUACAUCACACCAGCCGACUACGAUGAAGAGAAAUGUGAAAGCAUUUUCAAUAAGGAGACUUGCUCUUAUAAAGUAGUGGAGAAAGAUGAUCACUCAAAAGAAUGCCCAGUCCAUGGAUGGGUGGGGUAACAGAAGAAUGGUGGACUGGGGGGAUAUUUCCUUUUAUUGUUUACAUGGUUAUCUCUCACAAAUUCAAAAAUACUUAAAAUGCAGCCUGUUGAGUGAAAUCUACUCAUAAAACCCAAUAUAUAAUGAAACCGAGUAUCUACUCACAAAAAUCUCCCUUGACUUCUCUGCCUUAUGCUUCACCACGAACAAAGAACUGACCUGUUCUUUCCUUGAGGUCGGACAUUAAAGGAGACAUUUUAAAGCAUCCUUGGUAGCUGCUAAUCUGUAUUCUUCUCUGGUCAUGUUUCAGU